AAGGUGAAGGUCGAUUUCCAAGCACAUGUUCGCAAUGGCGUCGGAUAGCGAGGAUGAUGUAAACAUGGAAGGGGAUGAAGAGGAAAGAGACGAAAAUGACGAUGAGAUGCAAGAAGACGAAGGAGGGAACAGUGAACCAAGAGUUUACCUUCCGGGCGGGGAAAUGGACGAUGACGAAGAAUUAGUCUGCGAUGAAUCGGCCUACAUAAUGUACCACCAAGCUCAGACUGGUGCACCAUGCUUAAGUUUUGACAUUUUGCGAGAUGACUUGGGUGAUGACAGAGACACAUUUCCUCUGACUUGCUACUGUGUUGCUGGAACCCAGUCAGAGAGAGGCCACACAAACCAUGUGAUUGUGAUGAAGAUGGCUAACUUGCACAAAACCAAAGAAAAGGAAGAGUCUGAGGAUGAAGAAAGCGAUGAUGAGAAGGAUGAGGAGGAAGAUGGAGAAACACCCGAGCUGGAGACAGUACUGAUGAAACACAGUGGCAACGUUAACAGAAUACGAGCAACCAAUACUGGACAGAAGUCUAUAGCAGCGUCUUGGUCAGAGACUGGGAAAGUUCACAUAUGGGACUUGACUCGGCCAUUAGAUGCAGUGAAAGAUGUUGGUGUUAUGGCAACAUACACAAGGAAUCAAGAGUCUCCACCUCCCAUCUUCACAUUCACUGGUCACCAAACUGAAGGCUUUGCUCUUGACUGGUCUCCAACAGUGACAGGUCGCUUGCUGAGUGGCGACUGUCACAAACACAUCCACUUAUGGACCCCGCUUGAGGAUGGGACAUGGAAGGUGGACCAGCGGCCAUUCAUUGGCCAUACAGCAUCUGUUGAGGAUGUGCAGUGGUCGCCUAAUGAAGAUAAUGUGUUCACCUCAUGCUCUGUUGAUCGAACAAUCCGAGUGUGGGAUGCCCGGGCUGCUCCAGGGAAGGCCUGCAUGCUGACAGUUACAGAUGCCCAUGAUCGGGACGUCAAUGUGAUCCACUGGAACCGACAUGAGCCCUUCAUUUUGUCUGGCGGAGAUGAUGGGAUGGUCAAGGUCUGGGAUCUUCGACAGUUUCAGGAAGGUAAAGCAGCUGCAACAUUCAAGCACCAUUCGGCACCUGUGACGUCGGUAGAGUGGCAUCCAAAAGACAGUUCUGUGUUUGCUGCGUCAGGGUCAGAUGACCAGGUGUCGUUGUGGGACUUGAGUGUGGAACGUGACAAGGAAGUAGCAGGGGCCACAGGAGCUGUGGCAGGAGAGGCAGGGGAACCGGAUGUGCCCCCUCAGUUGUUGUUCAUUCACCAAGGUCAGACAGACAUUAAGGAGGUUCACUGGCACCCUCAAUUACCGGGAGUGAUCAUCAGUACAGCUCACAGUGGAUUCAAUAUAUUCAGGACUAUAAGUGUGUGAAAUGAGAGGGAGACAAUAAAACUGAAACGUGA